AUGGCGCCGCCAGCUCACCACGAGCCGCUGUCGGCCCUCAGUCCCAUUGAGUGGUCCUCCCUCCCGCAGGACGACCUGCCGACCUUCCUGUCCGACACCUUCACCUCGGCCCAGGUCCUCAUCGACUCGAUCCCGCUGCCCGCGCCGGUCAAGUCGGCCGCCGCGUCGGCGCACAGCGGCCGGGCCCGUUCCCACACCGACUCGGACGUCGCGGGGCGGCCCUCGGUCGACAUCAACCACGCCCUCUCGGGCUCCGCGCAGCCCGCCAAGUCGCCCUCGGCCGACGCCGUCGCCGCCGCGGCCAAGCUGCAGAAGGAGUGGAAGGAGGUCAAGGUCAGCCCGCGCGACAACCCGCUCGCCGUCAACGUCUACAAGCUCGCCGCCAAGGACGGCAGGGGCAGCUGGUUCGCGCGGCGCAGCGUGCACGAGGGCAUCACCUUUGAGAAGUUCAAGCUCGGCCUCGAGCGCGAGUUCGCCGAGAGCCUCAAGGUGCAGGAGGGGCCCGGGGCGGGCAAGAUCCGCGGCAUCGGCGCCGACAAGAAGGUCGAGCACCGGGUCGUCGAGGGCUACGGCAAGCUCGAGGUGUACCAGCUCUCGGCGCAGUUCCCGGGCCCCACGACGCCCAGGGACUUCAUCACGCUGCUGCUGACGAGCGCGGGGCCCAGGGAGGCCAAGAAGAAGCUGCCGAGGCAGUUCAUGGUCGUGUCCAAGCCCUGCCAGCACCCGGAGUGUCCGCAGCGGUCAGGCUACAUUCGCGGGCACUACGAGUCCGUCGAGAUCAUACGGGAGAUUCCCAUCGACAAGCCGCUGCGGCGGACGCGGUCGUCGAUCGAUGUGAGCAGAGAGGACGCGAGGCCGUUCGGCCACCGGGAUGAGGAGGUCAGCAAGGAGGCGAUCAUCCGCUCGGCGAAGAAGGUGGCAGCGGCUGUGGAGGAAGGGCGGAGGAAGCACAAGUCCGUGUCUGUAUCGUUUGACGCCCUCAGCGAGAUACCCAAGGGUCCCGAGGAGGAGGAGGAGGAAGAGGUGGCUACGGCGGUGGAGUGGUUGAUGGUGACCCGCAGCGACCCAGGAGGCAAUGUGCCCCGAUAUCUUGUGGAAAGGGGUACCCCCAGUGGCAUCAUCAGCGAUGCCGGCCGCCUGCUGGACUGGCUCGACUCAAUAGACCCCGAGGACUUUGGCGACUCGGAGGACAACGAUUUCAAGAAGGAGGCCGUGGCCGUGGAGAAGAUCAAGCAUCCGGAAGGCCACAAGCCAAAGGCGCCCACCAAGCCAACGGGCAACCUCGUAGCGGACUCAGAAGAACAGGUACCGCAGGCAGGGCCGGGCGGCUUCUACGAAAUGAUAGCCAACGCGCUGGGCGCCGGCGUCUCGGUCGUCGCAUCCCACAUGCCGAUCAUCCCGUUCUCCAAUAAGGGAUCUGAAUCCGAGCUAGAAGAGGAAGAAGAAGAAGGAGAAGGAGAAGGGGACGAGCAUCUUGACGAGUCACACCUUGACUCCGAUGACUCCUCAUCCAUCCACAGCUUCGCCUCGGCCCAAGAGUCCGUCGAAGGCGCAGCUCCGCGGUCAUCGCCCCCGGCGGCCGCCGACGGCGCAUCCAUGUUCUCCGGCAAGUCCGACGACACGCGGUCGUCCCUGACGGCGGCGCAGACGCAGCACGAGAAGGAGCUGCGCAAGCUCGAGGAGCGCCGGCGCAAGGUCCACGAGCGCAUCGCCAAGGCGCAGGAGCGCUCGCUGGCGCGCAAGUCCACCGGCGGCCUGAGCGAGGACGGCAGCGGCGGCGGCAGCAACAAAGAAGCGGCCGCGGCGGCCAAGCUGCGCGAGAAGCACGAGAAGGAGCUGGCCAAGCAGGAGGAGAAGUACCGGCGGGAGCUGCGCAAGCUGGAGCAGAAGAAGGCGGCCGAGGAGCGCAAGGCCGAGGAGCGCCGGCGCAAGCAGGCCGAGCGCCAGGAGAGGGGCAACCUGGCGCUCGAGCUCGAGAAGGCGCGCGCCGAGCGCGACGUGGCGCUCAAGCAGAUCGACGUGCUCAAGGACCAGGUCGGCGAGCUGCAGGCGCAGAACACGAUGCUCGUCGCCAGGCUGGGCCGGGCCGGGCUCGUGGCCGGCGGGAGCGACGCGUGGAAGGAGUUUGGCGGCGGCGGCGGCGGCGUCAGGAGGAACGGGUCUGUGCAUAGGCAGGGCGGCGAGAAGCCGGUUGCUGCUGCCGAGGAGGAGGUCAAGACUUAG